UUCCGAUGCAACGGGAAUACAACCCUUUACUGCUUCUACGGAUGGCUUUAUGAGUGUAAAAUGUUUUAUGACACACAAUGUGUAAAAGCUGAAACGACAAAACAGUUUGCGACGAACGAGUAAAACAUUAUCCAAAAGAAAGUAGCGUUGUUUUUAAAGAGCAGGAGUUAAACGCUAGAGUAGUUUCUGCAGUGCUGAGGGACGGACUUGGACGCGUGAUAAUAACAUGGAGGAGAAAAGACCGAAUAGACAGAAGUCACCAAAAAUAUGUGGGACCAACUACCCACUGAGCAUCUCCUUCAUCGUAGUCAAUGAGUUCUGUGAGAGAUUCUCCUAUUAUGGCAUGAAAGCGGUGCUCACACUUUACUUCAUCCAUUACCUCCACUGGAGCAAGAACCUCUCCACUGCUAUAUACCACGCAUUCUCUGGCCUAUGCUACUUUACUCCUGUAUUAGGGGCCAUCAUAGCAGACUCAUGGCUGGGGAAGUUCAAAACCAUCAUCUAUCUGUCAAUCGUGUAUGUCAUUGGUCAUGUAGUAAAGUCUAUUGGUGCGAUACCAGAUGUAGGGGACAGCAGUUUGCACAUAGGUCUGUCCAUGUUUGGCCUCAUCCUCAUUGCUUUUGGGACAGGAGGAAUCAAACCUUGUGUGUCAGCGUUUGGUGGGGACCAAUUUGAGGAAGAGCAUACAGAUGAGAGAAGAAAGUUUUUCUCUAUCUUCUAUAUGUCAAUCAAUGCUGGGAGUGUGCUUUCGACCCUCAUCACGCCAAUUCUAAGAGGUGACGUUCAGUGUUUUGGAGGUGAUUGCUAUGCUCUAGCCUUUGGAGUCCCUGCGGCUUUAAUGAUCAUCGCUCUUGUGGUUUUCAUCGCUGGUAGUGGGUUAUAUAAAAAGUCUCCACCUGAGGGAAAUGUCUUGUUGAAUGUCUGCAAGUGCAUUGGGUUUGCCAUACGCAGUCGGUGGAGAAGCAGCAAGAAAAGCCCAAAACGGAAUCACUGGCUAGAUUGGGCCGAGGGAGAGUAUUCGAAAAGUCUUAUUCAGGAGAUCAAAAUGGUGCUCCGGGUGCUGGUGCUCUACAUUCCAUUGCCCAUGUUCUGGGCACUCUUUGAUCAGCAGGGAUCUCGCUGGACUCUACAGGCCACUCGGAUGAACAUGGAUUUUGGAGGCUUUGUAAUAAAGCCUGAUCAAAUGCAGAUGCUGAAUGCUUUGCUUAUUCUCGUGUUCAUCCCUAUCUUUGAUAUGGGUGUGUACCCACUCAUUGGCCUUUGCCGGAUCAACCUCACGCCUCUAAGGAAAAUGGGCACAGGAAUGAUCCUUGCUGCACUUGCUUUCUGUGCUGCAACUGUAGUGGAAGUCAAUGUCAUUAAAACGGUUGUGGAACCUCCACCAGCCAAAGAGUGUCUGCUGCAAGUCCUUAACCUUGUUAAUGGAGAGGCUGUGUCUGUAGAAAUUACAGGGCAUAAUAUUUUCCCUGACAAAAUAGAAUCAUAUAAGGAUCCUAUAGAAUACACUCGACUUCCACUUGGGGGUGACCACAAAGUCUUACCAGUCAAUGUCUCUCAAAACAGAGAGACUUACCGGUGCCAACUUAACGUCACUGAGCACACUGCCUAUAGCCUCAUCUUGUAUAAGGAGAACAAUAUUAUUAACUGUAAACAGGAGAAGGAUAAUAUCAUCAAAUCUGAGAGUGGAGAAGCCUUCCUCAGAUUCAUUAAUACCCGCUCAGAGAAUAUGAACAUAACAGUAGGCAGUGUAAAUUUCUUUGCACCGAGCAGUUACGGGAUCUCUGAAAUCUUAAGUGUUGAAAGAGGAAAAUACACACAAGUUACCUGCGAAUCAGACACAAAGACACAUCAUAUUGAUCUGGGGCUUCUUGACUUUGGUGCCACCUACACAUUCAUUCUUGGCGGGGAUACAGAAACGGUAGCAAUUCAGAAGAUGGAGGAUGUAGAAGCAAACAAUGUGCACAUUGCCUGGCAGAUCCCACAGUAUGUCCUCAUCACUGCAGGGGAGGUCAUGUUCUCCAUCACUGGUCUAGAAUUCUCAUAUUCGCAGGCUCCAGCCAGUAUGAAGUCUGUGCUGCAGGCAGGUUGGCUUCUCACUGUGGCUUUUGGGAAUGUCAUUGUGCUGAUUGUGGCAGAGGGAGCUGGGCUGGAGCAGUGGACAGAGUUUCUGCUCUUUGCUGCACUGCUGGUUGCAGUCAGCAUCAUCUUCUCCAUCAUGGCCUAUUUCUACACCUAUGUGGACCCUGAUCAGCUGGCCAAGCUCACCAAAGAAGAUCACAACAUGGCUGACUUAAAGGAGAAAGAAAAAGAGAAUAUGGACAUGAUUGAUGUCCCAAAGAGCACAAAGAUGUAGCACAAGUAACUUGUUGCUUCUGAUGUAUAAUUUAUUACUAAACCAGAUGAAGACUAAUUAUAUCGGUCAGGAAUUCCUGUUCAUUCCAUUUUUUGGUAGUAGGAACUUUAUUUGAUCAUUAUUUGAUUUCUACUAAUGAAUAAAAUACGUAUCAUAUUUAAAGCAAGAAAUAACUAAAUACUAAAAAAACUGAUGGCUGUAUUUAUGUUUGUGUUUAUGCAUUUAAGACACCACAUGUAAUUUAAAGCUGUAGGUUGUACAUUAUAAAAAUAAGAUUGAUAGCGGAAGAUGUAUUUUUUGUGUCCGUCGACAGUUUGAAGGUAAUGCUAUACAAACUGACUUUAAACAAUUACAGAGCUGCCAGUUUGUUAAAGUUUAUUACAGAUGUACAGAUGAAGAGCUGGGCAGCACUAGGCCUCACAGCUCCAGGGUCCAGGAUUUGCUCCUGAGUUCGGGCUACUGUCUGCCUAGUUUUGAUUGUGGAUUGGCUAACUGAAGUGUGUGUAUGUGUGCGUGCGUCCUCUAGUAUGUAGGGUUGGUGGUUUGAUUCCCAGCCCACAUGCCGAAGUGUUCUUGGGCAAAACACUGAACCCCCAAGUUGCCCCCGAUGGCAGGCUAGCACCUUGCAUGGUGUGUGUGUGUGUGUGUGAGAGAGAGAGAGAGAAUGGGUGAGUGAGAAACAGUGUAAAGCGCUUUGUAGAACAGCUAAGGUUAAAAAGCUCUAUAUAAGUGCAGACCGUUUACUAUUCUGUAUGAACAGAUGCUCCACCCAUUGAGAGAUUUGUGGAUCAUGACUGUGAGAAGCACGUACUUAAAAUAAAGCAAUAAUAGAUGUAGCUGGCAACCUGGUGUAUAUCUGUCGACACCAAAUCAGCUGACAACUAAUUUGCAAAGACUAAUAUAAACAUCAAUGUUUAGACUCCAUUUAUUUUUGUGAUAUAAACUGAGUAAAUAAAAUAAAUUUUCAGAUUGGUGCUUGGA